CCGCGCGCUCGCCUACUCGGUCGGGCGGCGCGCUGGCCCUUCGCCCUCGCUCUAAAUAGAGGCUUUAUUUUGUAAACAGCGGGAGCGCUACCGUGCGGCAAGCGCGUGGUGCCCGCGCCGGCGCAGUGGUGCUCCUGCGCCCGCCAGUAUGGGGUGUGCUCCGGCUCGCCUGCGCCCGCGCUCCGACCUCCGGGAGCGAUGAAGCGCCUUCGUGGCUCGCUCCGCCGCAACCACUGGAUUGUUUGGACACUUUGUGUGAUACUGUGUGGAACGUGCGAGAGCUCGGCGCCACCAGACAGUCUGCGCCUCGUGUGGCUCACCAACACCUCGCUCACUUGCAACGAUGGAUCCCCGGCAGGGUACUACUUCAGACGUGGCAGCAACAGUGACCACUGGGUGGUGUACCUCGAAGGCGGAGGAUACUGCUGGGACACGGCAUCGUGCAACGCUCGCUGGAGGAGACGGCCAGCGCUCAUGUCAUCCACGCGUUGGCCGAAAGCUCGUCGCGCUCCCGCCCUCCUCUCGGCUGACGCAGCCGCCAACCCGCUGUGGCAUGAUUCCAACCACGUACUCUUACCCUACUGCUCGAGUGACAUGUGGGCCGGCACUAGAAGUACUCGACACACAAGUGGCGGAUUUGUUUUUGCUGGCCGCCUCAUCGUACGCGCUGUCCUCGCAGACCUGUUCCGUCACGGACUCACCGGGCGCAUGUUGCUGGUGGGCUCCAGUGCUGGGGGAGCCGGUGUUAUGCUGCACGCAGACGCUGCACGGCGCUCGCUGCGAUCUAAAGGUGUCCGCGUUGCUGCAAUCUCCGAUUCUGGCUGGUUCCUCGACCGCCCAACUAAAACACGACGAGCUCCGGCCGCUACCGUGGCUCGCCUUGGCCACACUCUUUGGCGUGGUAAGCCACCCACUUCAUGUGUGCGCGAGCAUACUGCCGAGCCGUGGCUUUGCUACUUUGGGUAUCGACUUUAUCCUCACAUUCGAACGCCUCUUUUCAUCUUUCAAUACCUAUUUGAUUCGGCUCAACUGGCUGCAGAGGGCGUUCGCGCUCCUCGCACCAGAUCACAGUGGGACGCCGUUCAUCAAACAGGUGCAGCCUUGUUGUUAAGUUUAAGUCCAGUGCGUGCUGCAUUCGCACCUGCUUGCCUUGCUCACGGAGCACUCGCUCGUCCCGAGUGGCAAGCUAUUAAUGUUUCGGGAAUUACAUUGCCGCGAGCAAUAGCCUGCUGGGAGCAAAGGCUCAGCGGCGCUAGAAAAAGAACGCGUGGUGGGUGUGCACCGCGAAGACUGAUUGAAAGAUGCACGUGGCCCCAGUGUAAUGGUUCAUGUCCUCGGCUACGCGACCCGCGCACUGGUGAAGAGGUGGCGCUAGCGUCGCUCCUGCAAAGCUUUGGCCUGGAUGUGCGUGGCGCAGCUGCAGCCAUGGGGCUGGACGCGCGCGCCUUGUCUCGUAUGAGUCGAGCAGAACUGCUUCCUCUGUUAGCACCUCAUAUGUGACGCAGUUUAUUAUAAUAAUAUGGACUUUUGACGUGCUAGCUAGCACGGUGAAUCUACCUCGUUUUUGUUGCACAAGUACAAGUUAUAUUACGUAUAGAUAUUAGAUAUUAUUAUUAUUUAUUGUUCUUCGAACUGAAUGUAAUAGAAAUAAAGGGCUGGAACUCUUCAUUUGUGUUUCGUGUUCAGUCUUACAAUCAAAAUAAGAAUAAAAUAAAAUUCAUUAUUCUCUUUGGCACAUCUGUAUUUUAUGUACAAAUUAUUGGCAAUCCUUUUAAAGGACUGUCAGACUAGUUACAACCUAUAUACAAAUUAAAUAUAUAAAAAUAUCUCACUACUUGUCACUACUGGAUGCUCUACGUAUGGCAGUGAUGAGGCGGGAAUCCGCGAUCAGCUGGUACUAGAUAAAUAAUUGUUUGUGUAAGUGUAGCUGGCGCGUCCUUCGGUACGGGAGCCAUGGCGAGCGAUGGCCGGGAGCGUCACUGCGGACGCGGCUGCGUCUAGCUGCGUUAACGUGCAGUCCCCCGCUUCGGAAGCGUUUAUGACGACGUCAUAAACGGGAGGCCCGCUCGACGCUGAUCUUUAUGGACAAAUCUACUACAUCGUUGCCUAAGAAGAAGUCGGUGGAAAUGAUGUUGGCUUGAGUGCGCCAGCGUGUCGCGAGGCGUGCUGUCACGUUGCGGUUGACAGCGUCAGCGUUGUCACGCAGUGAGCCUCGCAGGAAGAGGAUGUCGAGUACGGUGGGAGUGGUCUGCGCCAUUGCAGAAAAAAGCGGCGACCGCGCCGAAGGUUGGGGAGACAACGCUAUUGCCCUGUCUAAGUACUGGAAUAACUCCGUCGGACUGUUCGUGUUAGCCCAUAAAUGAGGCAGGAUGGGCCAAAGCCAAGAGUUUUCUGGAAAAAAACAUUAAGAUUAAUUUUAUUAAAAGUACCUAGGUA